AAACAAUGAUUUGUCGAUUGUUAAUGAUGGUGUAUAAGAAGGAGAUUGUUUAGGAAAGGAAUGAAACGAUAACUUGAUGCAAGUUACUACAGAUAACGAGAAUAUUCCUGAGACUGGACCUUUAACAAAAAGACCUUCUGCAGAACUGGUUGGAGUGUUACAGUCAGCCACACCUCCAACUUCUCCAGAGUCUUCAGUUCACGGCAAAUUUUCCCAAAACCGAAUAUAUAGUCAUAGUGUUCAUGGUGGUAAUAUAUACGCUUCUCGACCCAUUCCAUAUCCUUAUAAGACACCUUUGGCUGGAAAGAAUUCUGAUGUUUAUAGGAAAGAUUCCACUUUCGUUGGACCAGAGGAAACAACAAGUGAAUUUUUGGAAGACAAUAACCAGAUUGCAAGUAGUGAAGGUAGCUUGGUAGAAGAUAGGUUGUGUAUGAAGGAGUCAGUUUCACUUUCAGUGAAUGAGCAGGUCGCCAAGUUAUUGAGUGUUGAACAACAACUGGCAGAAUAUCUUAGAAUAUCGCAUUCUGGAAGAGUACAAGAUUUGAGACUACUAAGUCACUGGGUAUUUGUAUAUGGAACUUUGAAACGGAGUUUUCCCAAUUCACACUUAUUAGAAGACGGUGCCUUAUUUGAAGGAGACUUUAUGACUUGUGAUAAGUAUCCUCUCGUGAUAGGAGGUCCUUAUUAUAGUCCUUAUUUACUAGAUAUGAAAGGAUACGGAAAUAAUGUCCGUGGAGAACUAUAUAGAGUGUCCAGUGAAUCCUUGAAGGAAUUGGACAAGUUGGAAAAUGUGGGAGUCAACUAUACCAGAAGAGUCAUACCUAUUUAUUCAGUGAAGGAUCGUUCUUUCAUUGUGAAGGCCUUUGCUUACUUAAAAUGCAACUAUACCGAUGAAUUAUUGCAAACCAAGNGAUGAUAAUGCACAGUCAUAUCGAAAGACUCAAUCCAUGCAAGACAUAUUUUCAGCC